UGCCUCCUGUCACAAUACUCACCAUCAUGAAUCAAUACUUCAUCCUGCUGCUCCUCCUUGGGGUAUCGGUCGCUCUUGAUGAUGAGCAGCAAGAGUUCUCGACGGUGGGAGGGACAAGUUGCCCCUCUCCUUUCAAUACGGUGGGUGGAAAGUGUAUCUAUGCUGACGUCGUCAACAGAGGCACGUGGCAAGAAAUGCGCGAACUUUGUCAAGGUCUUGCUGACAGAUAUAGCGUCCCCGACUUAGUCAAAGUAGACUCUGGGGACUUCUUCGUCGAUCUAAUCCACCACAUUCACGCCUAUGACUGGCAAGAUCGAUACCUCUGGAUAGGAGCAUCUGACGGAGAUCAUGAAGGAGUGUGGACCUGGUUAGACGGCUCCAUCGUCCUCAUGGGCACGCCAUUUUGGGCCAAUGGUGGAUGUAACGACGUGCAAGAGCCACAGGGUGGAACGUCAGAAAACUGUUCCGUUCUUGACCCAUACUACCACAUGUAUUUCAAUGACUUUAAUUGUGAGGCGAAAUUGAAUGGAAUCUGUGAAUAUUAAAGUCAUGUUGUACAUUUGGUGAGUGAUAAGUUAAUCUCUCAUUAUCCUGGCUCUCCCGUGAAGAUCAUAAUGGUGAAUAAGACCUAAUUUUCUAGGAGGGAAAUAGUAUGGUGCAAGGUGUACUGAUUUCUAGAAGAAGGCGUGUGGAGGGCAUGGAUUCUCUGCUCUCCACUUUGACUGCAAAUGUUAACCACCAACAAUAAAACAAGGAGCUCAACGAACUUUUUUCCAAAACUUUUCCAAUGUCACAUUACUUAUGAAGACGUAGAAAUUGUUAAGAAGCAUUAGCAAAUGAUCUCUCAUGACUGUGUAGCUAUUAGUGCUUAAGAACACUCAACAAUAAUAUACCACCGGUUACCACCUCAGUUCCAGGCAUGGAUAUUACACCUGGUAACGUUUAUGUAACUAGUUGUGGAAUGUCAGGUAAUCCCAUCUGCUAGUCACACUGUACUGCCUAGUAAUAUCAGCAACUGGCAGAAUUGUACUAGUCGGUGUUCCCUCCAGCUGGCACCUUAUGAACUGGAUAUUGAUAAUUGAUAAUCCACCAGUUCAGGAACUUUUGUAACUGUUUUGUAGUUACAACUGGAGUUACUUGUAAUCUCUGUAGUUGCUUGAGAGUAUUAAAUGUUCACAAACAUAA